CUGGAAACUCUAGACUAGUAUUAAUCAGCCCCUUCCCAGGGUCAGGUGACGGGCUCACCCCUCUCUGCACUGGUGGUUUUCGUGGGCAGUGGGGAAGGGGCAUCAGUCACAGGCAAACUCCUUCUUCUGGCCCCUCUGACUGUACUGAGUUAGAGAAGCUAAGCCAGAGUUCAACAAAGUCUCAGUCCAGAUAAAUGAGCCAGAAGAACUCAGAUUCGGGAAGAGGACCUUAUUUGAAGGAAAGUUGCUCUGUUGUCUGAGACUUUUUGUCCUGCCUACAUCUUGCCUCUGAGGUGAAUGCCCCUGCUCACGGGCUCAUUAGAUUUCAGUGCAAGUCCUGGUCUGUAAGUGUGCAAACUUAGAUUUCUCUUAUCGGUGCCUAUUCCUCAGAAGGAUGAAACCAGCGGAGCCCAAUGAACUCCACAGGCUUUUCAAAAUCUUGGGCGUUACACAGAUACACAGGGCCCUUGAGCUUGUUAGACAAAGGCUGGCACCAAACAAGUGCCUUAAGACAGAAUUUGAAAACAGUAGAUUGACUAAUAGUAACCUAGAGACCAAUGUGUCUGUAACCACAUUUUUGUUUAUUUUUUAGUGUGUUUCCUUCAUGGUCUUUCUUGUGGCUCACCCUAUGCAGUUUGUGUACUUGUUGAGAGCUUUCUCAUCUGUCUCUGACAUUGUUUUUGCUGAACUCAGUUUUUCCGAGACCCUCUCUUAUCGUAGGCUCAGUUUUGGCCUGCCAGCCACAGUCCGCCGGUUUUGGUGGUAGAAGAGGCCGAUGCUGCUUCCUGUAGGCCCCCGCCAGGCAGAAGCAUGCAGUGGUAUCUCCUCCUGAUUUGGGCACAGGGGCUGAGGCAGGCCCCCCUCCCCGUCUCAGGCACCCCAAAACAAACAACAAAGUUUUAUUUCAAGGAAUAAUGUGCCCAGCGCAGAACUGGCUGUUGGAAGAUGAAGUAAAACAGAAAUGGUGACUGACAGGGCUUAUGUUCUAGGUCUGGAGACAAAAGAAGAGCCGUGUCCGGCAGGAUAGUAACAAUGGGGAAUGUUUCUGCAGAGGAAGGUGGCUCUGUCAUCUUGCAGUGUCACCUCUCCUCUACCACUGCCCAAGUGACACAGGUCAACUGGGAACAGCAGGACCAACUUGUGGCCGUUCAUCAUGCCCGCCUGGGGUGGCACAUCUCUCCAGCCUUCAGGGAGCGAGUGGCUCCCGGCCCUAACCUGGACCUCACCCUGCAGUCGCUGACCAGGAAUGAUACAGGGGAGUACUUUUGUACCUUUCACACCUACCCCGACGGGAUUUACAGAGGGACACUCUUUCUGGAGGUCCUACAAAGCUCAGUGGCUGAGCCCAGUGCUGGGUUCCAGAUCCCACUGCUUGGAGCCAUGGCCACAGUGCUGGCAGUCAUCUGCAUGGCAGUCAUCGUGGUGGUCACACUGACCAGAAAGAAGAAGUCGCUCAGAGCCCAUUCUUCAGAAAGUGGCCUCAGGAGAGCGCCGUCUGAACAGGAGGAGUGGAGCGCCUGCGUUUUCCCAUCUGCUGGAAGCUGCAUCCCCGCAGAGGCCGUGCCAGUGGUCUUCUGCACAGAGCAGAGGGGAGACGACUAUGCGGAGCCACACGAGUACUUCAAUGUCCUGAGUUACAGGAGCUUCGGAGGCUUCAGCUUCCCGGCAGAGACCGGAGUGAAGAGGGAGGCUGGGCAUGGAGGUGACAGAUCUUCUGUCAUGGGCACAGGAACUGAGAGAGGAUGUGAAGCAAGGCUGUCAUUUGCCGACGGCUGACGUGAAAGAUUGCUCUGCUCUCUAAGAAGGGGGCAGGCUGAGCAAGAAGAAAGUUCAACUCUUCCUCUGCAGAUUUUUAUUUUUCUCACUUCUUUACAAAUAGGUAUGUAGUUAGGAGCAAGGAGCCCAAAUCUGUCCGGACUGCUGAGUCCCUGGGAAGACAGAUGCAUGUCACAUGCUGUUCUGGGCCAGGGCAGCUUACCACAUCCUUCUCGCAGAACCUGUGCAAGCGGCUUGGGAGCUGAACACCAUUCAGGAAUUGGAAAUGAACUAAAAUGUACUGACAAAAAGGGAGUGGCGGUUUGAUUUGGAGGAGAUGUCUAUCGGGGUCAAGGCGGGACUGAGAGUUGGGUGUUAUUUAACAUGAUUAUAGUAACAGGGAAACAUCUACAAAUACCAUUCGACGGAGAUAAAAAUACAAAAGGGCUCAUAGGUGUUAUAAAUGUGCCAGGUUGCUAAAAUGAGAUUGAAUUAGACAGAAAAGUGGAAUUCACUGAAAUAGAUUUUCCCUAGAGAACCAGAGAAGACAGUCUCCUGAAAGCCAGAUUGUCAGACAGCUGUGCUGCCCAGCGCGGUGGCCAGUCUCCACCGGUAGCUGUCGAGCGGGGGAGACGUGGCUAGUCUGAAUUGAGAUGUGCUGCACUGUGAGUGUCAAAUACACACUAGAUUUUGAAGGCUUGUUGUGAAUAAUAAAAACAGACACUGUCACAUUAAUAGUUUUAACAUGUCGAGUACAUGUCAAAAUGAUAGUAUUUUGGAUAUUUUGGGUUAAAAUAUGUUAUUAAAAUUAAUUUCACCUGUUUCUUUUUAAUUUCUUAAUAUGACUACUGGAAAAUCUAAACUUUCAUAUGUGGCUCCUGUUAUAUCCAAGAGAGGACCAAGCAGCACUAGACUCUGGACCCGAGCCGAGCUCAUUCCAGGGACGCAUGUCCAUCACUGACUGGCGAUCUCUCUCCUUUGCUCUGAUUCAAAAAUAGGGUUUGAGGAGACUUUCUUCUCUUAUUACAUCUUUAGAAAAACACAUGGGAGAGGAUUACAGGGGAGAUGGAGGUAGGAGGUUACCAAGUGCAGACAGGAAGUGGUCCUAAGCUCUCUUGGAUCCCCUCUUGGAUUUCAUGAUAGGAGAAGGGGAAAUAAAUGAAUUCAUCAUUGAGAGUUUGGGGAAGAAUAAAUGUACCUUUAUUAUUCCACAUUCUAAGCCUGGGCAUAUAAAAUCUGAUGUAUAAUCCAACGAAUUAUCCUGAACACAUAUGAGACAUUUAGAGUCAUAGAGCUUUGA